GCCACAACAGCGUGAGGCAGCAACGCGUGCGCAUCUCUCAAUAUGUGGAAUAAUCAAGUGGAUAUUUGUGUGCUGAUCUUUUGUGGAUUAUUUAUUGUCCUGGCAGCGGGCAAAGUGCCAACGAAACCGCAAUCAAACAGUUGGCGCGAUUUAAUCUUCGGUGGCAAAUGGUUUUCGUCAUCGCCGCGUUUACGUGAAUCUAAGUUUCUGCCCAUCUUUGCCUUUGUGCCCAUCGGACCGAGCAGCUGUUCGGCACCUUCAGGCGAGUUCGGCAACUGCAUUCCCAGCAAGGAUUGCCUCGUCCGUAAUGGAAUUCCAGCAGGACCUUGCGGAGGAGGCUAUGGCGUCUGUUGCAUAUUUCUUCAAACUUGCGGCGGCAUCAUUCGUGAAAACUCCACGUACUUUGUGAAUCCCAAUCAUCCGGAUGUCUACGAUGGCACAGGCAGCUGUCAGGUGACAGUUCAAAAGCUGCAUCCGGACAUAUGUCAGUUGCGUCUGGACUUGGACAUGUUCUCCAUAGCACCACCCGAGGCGGCAAAUCAUCUGUGCAAUCAGGAUCAACUGCUGAUCUCCGGCGGAAGUCCCACGCCCACAAUUUGCGGCAGUUCUACAGGCGAUCACAUGUACAUUGAUGCUGGACUGGGACAGAGCAAUCCCAUUGUGCUGUCUAUUAUCACAAGCGGCAGUUUUCCGCGUCUGUGGCGCAUUCGCGUCACCCAAAUCCACUGCGGCAGCAUUAGUCGAGCGGAUCAGGGUUGUCUGCAGUACUACACGGCGAUCAGUGGACGAGUGCGCAGCUUUAACUAUAAUACAGUGGGGGGAAGACAGCUGUCGAAUCAGGAUUACAGUAUUUGCAUACGCAACGAGCGCAACUUCUGUGGCAUACAGUAUAAUGCGUGUCCCGAUCUUGAGAACAAUCGUUCAAGGGCUUUCACAAUAUCGGGCAACUCUAAUAAUCCAGUACCCACUAUGGUGGGUGGUGGUGGUGGCGGUGGUGUUGCAGUACCCACUGGAAGUGGUUGCAUCAGUGAUUGGUUGCUCAUCGGUUGCAUACGCUCAGCGGAUCGCAUUCCGCCUCUGCCUGGCUGUGAGGAUCGCGUUUGUGGAGGCACUUUUAGCGCCGAGGCGGGCAUGUUGGCCAGAACAGUGCAGUCCAGCGUGCGCCCUUUCCGCCUAUAUUUCCACACAGAUGGCGUGGAAGCCCCCAAUGAUAUUGACAAUCGCGGCUUUUGCCUCGACUAUGUGCAACAACCUUGCACAAGUGGCUACUAAGCGUGUUUCAUUUAAUAAAUAUGUAUUUUAUUUAUUUUCGUAGUUAAUUUAAGGCUAAGUUUAUAGUUAAUUUAAGUUAAUUUAGAAAGCACAAAUUAAAAAUGUUUCCCACAUACAUUUAGAAUUCUUUUGUCCGAUUCUAAAGCUCAAUUUGUUUUGGCUAUUAAUACAGUUGAUUUUUGUAGGUUUUUGUUUUUUUGUUGUGAUUGUUAUGCAUAUAAUAUAUGAUUAAUUUUAAUACUUAGCUAAAAGUAAAAACAAAAUAUCGAAUAACAGUGCAAAAUGAAAACUAAGAGAACUUUUUUGUUUUGCGGAGUUUUGUAAGGACUUUUUCGUUGUAGUUUAGCGCACGUUUUGCUCGUUUCAGAUUUGGGGAGUAUUGCAGUUCCAAAUUAACAGUUUAAGUUCCGGUACGAUACUGGUUCCAGUUCCGACUGCUUCAGUGUUGUGAGAUCGCCAAUUUUCAGUCUGUGCGCACGCAAAGUCCCGACUUGUGACGUCACUGGGCGUUGAUUGAGGAUCAUGGGAAUUGUUUGAGGGGAGAGGAGGAAAAUAUAGAGGAAGCUUCCUUAGCUCUAAUAGGUUUGUAUUAGGGCCGCCACAUGCUGUUUUUCCUCGUCGGUGAGACCGUUCUUCAGCGUG